AUGGUAUCGUUGAAUACCAUACGUGACAAGGAGGCGUACUGGUACUGGAUCUUGAUUGUCAUCAUCGGAAUCACAACAGUGUGUGGGAACAUGUUGGUUAUAUACAUCAUUGCGACGAGGAGAACACUGCACGUCGCAACCAAUUGGUUCAUACUUUCUCUCUCUUUCUCCGAUUUGCUGGUUGGACUCUUAGUAAUACCAACUUACAUCAUCCACACGUUCUUUGUACAACUAAAUCUGCAUGCUCUUUUAACAUUUUAUAAUCUUAUCUUAUACGUUUCCGUUGGGAAUUUGUGUGCAAUGACAGGGGAUAGAUAUCUUGCCAUAACAAGACCGUUGACAUACGCGUCAGAAAUGACUCCUUCGAAGGUCUCGAUAUUUAUACUUAUUGCAUGGAUAGCACCCACUAGUUUGUCACUUUUAUCAUUGUCAUGGAAUACUUCGACCGAAACCAAAGACACCAUAAACAGAAUGUACAGCGGCUUGAUUGUAGUCUGUUUCGAGGUAAUCCCGUGUUUUAUGAUGAUUUUGGUCCAUAUUCACCUGUAUCUGAUAACUCGAUAUCACAGUCGAAGAAUCGCUGCGCAGGGCAAUGUCAUGGACCGCCACCGCAGCAUCAAUUAUGUCACACGAAGGAGACAAAGGAAUCGGGAGAGAUCCAAUCUUAAGGUUUUUGCAUCAGUGGUCCUGUUGUUUGUGUUUUGUUGGGUUUUGUCAGCGUAUCGUGGAUUUUGUGAAGUUUUCAGCCUAUGUUCUGUAGGCAACGAAAUUGUUCAAAUCUCCAGAAUUCUCAUAUUUUCAAAUUCCGCUGUUAAUGUCGUCGUGUACUCACUUUUAAAAAGGGAUAUAAGGACGGAGCUAAAGCGGUUCCUUAAGUGCCGUGUAAGGCAGGAAUCACUUCAGUUUGGCCUGGUUACUUUACGAGAGUCGAUGAGACCCAGCCGCCUGCUUGAAAUUGGC